UUUUUCUCACAGCAACGAACUGCCAUAGGGCUAUGCUGUGAAAGACGAUUAUAUAGCUGGAAUAUUCGAGCGAUAUUCUAAUAAUUUUGCGCUUUUCUUGCGGUUUUGGAAAAUGGCAUUUCUGGCAUAGUUCGAGAGCGUACGAGAUUGCAUCCACAAAUAUCUACUUGUCAAGAUUAGGAAGUAUUAGAUAAACAGUAUCAUUUUCUUGGCGGUAUUAAAUAUCACUUUACGCGUUUGAGCAAGCCAACGCACGCUCGUGGACGCGACGAGGGAUUGAGCUACGGUGAAUAUAAACUAGGAAACAGUACAUUGUAUAGAAUAGCGUUACUAAAGAUGGAUAAAUCUAAGACAAUUCUUCGAGAAGGAUAUGUAUACCGAGAGGAAAAGCUUCAUGGACAAGCUGAAGUAUUGUAUUGUGUUUUGAAACCGAAUACCUUAUGUUUUCAUCGAAGGAAAGUCCACAAAAGACAUACUCCGCUUGGUUUACUGAAACUAGAAGAACUUGUAGUUGAUAUUAAUGACUAUACGAACGAUGAAUGCAGUGGAGAGAGUUCUGUUGAUUGUAAUCAUAAUCUCACACGGUUCCCUUGGAAAAUUGUGAACGGAGAACAACAAGUAUUUUUGUAUUGUGCAAGUUUGGAGGACAGGACCGCCUGGUUGGCGGCUAUUGAGGGAGCGAAGAAGACUUUAACUGGUGUGAUAAACUCUGAAAAUUUUAAAAGCAAUACUAAAGAAAAUUAUGGCAAUAUUAUUGAAGGGGCAAGGGAACAAAGCGAACUCGCGUCAAAGGUGAAGGGAAGUGUUGACAACCACCAACUGCUAAGCUCCAAAUCUGUUUACAAUUCCUCAGAUACCUCAUGCGAGUUGAACAAUGUCGUGAGAACGGAUAUUUCGAAGCCUAAGACGAUAACACGUAUCCGUUCUCAUUCGUUUUCCGAGGUGGAAAAGCCUAACGAUCUUAUUCUAGACAACGAACAGCAUACUCGUUACUUGAAGUCCAAGUCGGCGCCCCCUGAUAAUGGCAAACGUGCAUGCAAGACCGUAGAUAAAUUGAUACAUUCCGGACUCUGUCGGCAAUUCGUAAGGUGGAUUUGAAGAGAGACGUUAAUAUCACUAUAGACACAGUAGUUGUUACAUUAUGUAGUUAGGCUAAGGGAUAUUUGAAAUUAAUUUUGUAUUGGUUCGAUGGAUUGAUUUUGUUCAAAAAUAUUUUGGAGUGUUCUCUUUUGCCUGGUAGAAAUUGUUCCACUUUAUAUAUGAAAUUUGGCGUUUGAGCUAAAAUGCUUUCAGGAACUAAACUGCCGUGGUUUAUGUCUGAAUUAUCUGAUCAAACAUUUUGAUGUUUCCAAACGAAGCCCUGUCUCUUGUCAUCUUGACAAAAGGCCCCUCGCCCCUAAUUCAGGCACACGCCUUGCAGCUUAUAAUGUAAAAUACUACCUACACCAGAUUCCCACGUUUGAAAUAGAAUACAGAGUUUAGUUACAUCGACAGGCAGGUCAAACCAAUACAUAAAUUAAUGCUUUUAUAAUGGAUUUUUCUAGACCUUUCCAUUUUAUUGUUCUAUAGUUACAAUCGAUCAUUUAUUCAUUUGACUCGCAGUAAUCAACGCUUAAAUACCGUAAAUUAAAAGGUGUAAAGAUAUAGUUUGUAUUACAUAAAGUUGUAUCAAUUAAUAUGAAAUUGUGACAAUUCAUUCGUAUCCUAUAUAUAUCAUACUGUAUAUAGCAUAGUUUUUCCGCCGUAUUUGAAUAUAUGUAAAUAGCUGUUUAUAUUGGUU